AACACACGUGGCGCUACCUCUUAAGUUGCAAUUUGUGAUCUGUUUGUGUUCUUAAAAGUUUAAUAUUGACCAGAUAUUGAAAGGUUGAGCAAAUAAUAUUUGCCGCAAACCACAUAUGUCGGUCCACAUCAAGACUAUCCAUCCCAUGAAAUACAUGCGGGACUUUUUGGCCCGAAACAUACGGCCUGACGGGAGAAAAUUGUCCGAGGUUCGUCCCACAGCUAUAAACGUCGGUUCCAUAAGCACUGCUGAUGGGUCUGCUCUUGUAAAGAUCGGAAACACUGUAGUGAUAUGCGGAAUUAAAGCUGAACUGACUGUACCUAAUGCUGAGAAUCCCAAUGAAGGGUUCGUCAUUCCAAACGUAGAGUUACCUCCUCUCUGCUCUCCUCAAUUCAAGAGUGGGCCCCCAGGAGAGACAGCACAAGUCAGCAGUCAAUUCUUGGCUGAUAUCUUGGUGAACUCCAAGUGCGUGGAUCUACAGUCCCUCUGCAUUAUGCCAGAUAAGCUCGCGUGGGUCCUCUACUGUGACCUCAUUUGCCUUGAUCAUGAUGGCAGCGUCCUGGACGCUUGCGUAGCAGCUCUUGUAUCUGCUCUGUGUACAGUCACUCUGCCAGAAGUUAAAUUUGACGCCAUCACCAAAAACAAAACAGUGGAGUUGGAAAAGCGGAGACCGCUGACCCUGAUAUGUUUCCCGUUUGCCAGUACUUUCGCCACUUUUGAUGAGAAUUCCAUUCUUGCGGACCCAUCGGAGGAAGAGGAGUCCUUAUGUUCUGGGACGAUAUCAAUUGUAACAUCUGGAGAUAGCUUGUACUCUGUUCAUAAACCAGGUGGCUGUCAGCUCAGUGAAAAUCGUCUGAGUGAGUGCAUUAGUAAAGCACAGAAGCGGUCUCUAACCUUGAGAGGGAUGGUGGAAAAGUCUAUGGAGUCUAUCAAGAGUUGAAAUUGUUAAGCAGCAAAUUAAUAAAACAUCCAAUUUCUUCAUCAA